GUGAGAUCAUGUGAGAGUCCACGCUUGGAGAAAGUAGGUUAGCAGGGUAGACGGACAGGAAAGCAGGCGGAGAGUCAGAGCGCAGAAAGGGGGGGUCCAAACAACGCUCCUUCAUCGUGCGGAUCCAAUCUGUCAAAUUAAACAACAAAGUUGAGGAGAAGCUGCUCGUCGGUGCGCAACGGACGUCUUACCAUGAGAUCCGAAGCGAUUUCCUGCACUCUUUUAUUUUACUCUAACUUGAUAGAGCGAUAAAUAAGAGGAGUUUAUUUCUCUCUCUUUUUGCCACUUUCUGUUUUCCUUUUUUUAAAACAGAAAAAAAAAGGUUUUUGGAAUCGUGCUUAUUAAAGCUGAUCGCAGUUGGGAAUAAGUUCAUAUUUAUAGAGCCAGUUUAGUCUGGCUCCGGCGCUUUAUUCGCCUUUCGUCUGUUUUCCAACACUAAAUUCAUGUAGCCGAGUCUUCACCGCCCUGCCCAGAAAUAAAGAACACAUCAAAAAUGAGAGCUCAAAUCGAGGUCAUCCCCUGUAAGAUCUGUGGGGACAAGUCCUCAGGAAUCCACUAUGGAGUCAUUACCUGUGAGGGCUGCAAGGGUUUCUUCCGUCGCAGCCAGCAGAACAACGCCAUGUACUCUUGCUCCCGCCAGAGGAACUGUCUGAUUGACCGAACGAACCGCAAUCGUUGCCAGCACUGCCGUCUUCAGAAGUGUCUGGCUCUGGGCAUGAGCCGAGAUGCUGUGAAGUUUGGCCGCAUGUCAAAGAAGCAGCGUGACAGCCUCUACGCCGAGGUCCAAAAGCAUCAGAAGUCUCAAGAGUGUGUGGGCUCUAACGGCCCCGCAGCUCUGUCUCUACCCAGAGAGGACGGAGGCUGCGGCAGCGGGGCGGAUGACGGCGAGGAGGGCCUGAGCCGCUCCUACAGCAGUGGGGGGUCCACAUCGACCCUCAGCGACCUGGACGACAUAGCCGCACUGCCCGACCUUUUUGACCUACCGCUGACGCCCGAGGAGGCCAGCGAGUACUGCAGCCUGGAGCUGCUGGGAGGCGGAGGAGACAGCACCGGGAACACAUCUAACUCCUCAUCCUCGUCUUCCGCUUCCUCGUCCAGUCAGAACUCGCCACAGCAGACCAUAAUGGACACGGCAGACAGCUGUGGGAGCCAACUCCUCCUCACACACUCGCUUCUGGGACGCAGACGGUCACUUUUGGACCAGUUGCCUGAUGACUGCUCAGUAACAGACCUCGAGCAUGUCACUCAGAGUAUUGUAAAGUCUCACUUGGAAACAUGCCAGUACAGCGCAGAGGACAUGAAGAGAUUCACCUGGGUACAUUACACACCCGAAGAAACCAGAGUUUUCCAAAACAAGUCGGCCGAGUGGAUGUGGCAGCAGUGCGCACAUCACAUCACCAAUGCCAUCCAGUAUGUGGUGGAGUUUGCCAAGCGCAUAGCUGGCUUUAUGGACCUGUGCCAGAAUGAUCAGAUUAUUUUGCUGAAAGCAGGCUGUCUGGAGGUCCUACUCAUACGCAUGUGUCGCGCCUUUAACAGCAACAACAACACCAUCUUCUUCAAUGGAAAAUUUGCCUCGGCUCAGUUCUUCAAAGCUCUGGGGUGUGAUGAUCUGGUGAGCGCCGUUUUUGAGCUGGGAAAAGGUCUCAGCCGUCUGCAGCUCUCAGAUGAGGAAAUGGCCCUGUUUAGUGCUGCUGUUCUUCUGUCACCUGAUCGACCCUGGCUGACAGAAAGUCAGAAGGUCCAGAAGCUCCAAGAGAAAGUCUACCUGGCUCUGCAGCACAGUCUACAGAAGAGUGGUGCUUCUGAGGAGAAACUGGACAAGAUGCUGUCUAAGCUGCCCAUAAUGAAGUCCAUCUGUAAUCUCCACGUCGAUAAACUGGAGUUUUUCCGUUUGGUCCACCCAGAGACUGCCUACAGUUUUCCACCGCUGUACCGGGAAGUGUUCGGCAGUGAGAUGCCUCUGCCGGACUCCACCGACAGCUAGGCAGAGAGAUAAAACAGGAGAGAUGAGGAGAGUGUAAUAGAAAGUAGAGGGGGCACACGUGAGACAGAGAGCGACAGAAAACCAGCGGUUAUAGAGACAAUCCAGGACUAUAAAUACUCAGUCUCCCAAAGCAGUCCUCCACUAUCCCAGCAGCAGGCGAAGCACCUUACACUACAUACCACACAUGCUCCUGCUCUACUGCAAAUUGUAGCAUUGUAAACCAGUGUGUGGGCAUCUUAUUAACCCUCUAUGGCAUGGCGUUGCCCUCAGGCAACAAACCACAUAGCUGUACCUCACAUUGCUCCUUUAUUUUAU